UUUUAAUAAUUAAAAUUUACAUAAUUAGAAACUACAUUUGAUGGUACCAUGGAUUAAGACCAUGGCCCAAUUACGUAGUCCAACCCAUAAACGGGAUCAGCCCUUAACGGGACCAGCCUAAUUACAGGAUUAGCCCAUAAACGGGACCAGCCUAAUUACAGUGAUUAGCCCAUAAACGGGAUCAACCCUUAAAGGGAUUAGCCUAAAAACAGGAUCAGCCCAUAAACGGGAUUCAUGAUUGAAAGCCGCUUAGCCCAUUAGGAAUUAGGCCCACGAUAGGAACCCACCACCAAGCCGAGCUGGACAGCAGACCUCGAGCCUGGGCAGAGUUCUAGUGACGCCAGAAUAUUCCUAGGGCUUACGUGGUGAGCUAUCACUCGUUGAUAGAUAUUUGGCAACAGGCAGAACUCAUCCGGAGGACGGCGACUAAAAGGAGAAAGUAAUCGUAUGGGAAUCAAGCAUCGAAGAGUUCUAUUUUGAGCAAGAAUAUAGUUCAUUAAUUGAGCAUUUAUUGUAUUAGAUUCCUCCCAUAAUUCUACUUCCCAAUCUCUAUAAAUACUUGAUGUAAACACCCUAUGAAGGGGAUCGGACCCCCGAUAAAAUUCUGAACCGAGGCUAGACUAUUGCUAGUUCUCCGAAAUAAAGAGUAAAACUGCCUUACACUGCCAUAUUAUUCUCAUAUCUACGUAUAUUUAGCUCUCGUAGUUGGAUUUAACUCCAUCAACAUUAAAAUCUCUAGAAAAUUGCAAAAUCCAAAUUAAAAUUUAAUUAAGAAUUGAUAUCCUAAUUAAGUGAUUAUGAUGAGUCAAUUUGACCCAAAAAGUCAAAUUUGCAAUUUAAUAUGGGACGGAGAGAGUAGCAAUUAGUUAGCCCACAUUUACAACAUUUUUAGUGAGCAUACACAUGCAUUUACGUUGGAAAAGUUUGGUCUCAUUAAUAGCUAAUAUUAAUUAGGAAUCAUUCUGUAUUUUGGAAACUGAUUUAUUAUUAUAAAUACAUCUCUCAGGACCCUCAUUAGGGUAACCUGUACCAAUUAUUUCACAUGGUAUCACGAGCCUACAAUUCUAAAACCUAAGAUUUUUUUCCCGCUGCACUCCAUGACCGACGUCACCUCAUCCUGCGUCGUCACCCCUGUCUCGGCCGUGAGUCAACCGACUGCCACCAUCGUCGAGACCAGCGCCGCAGCGAUCGAUGUUCCUCCUUCCUCGCCCUUCUCGAUCAGCGCCGCCAUGUCAACCACUGCCAACUCUUCUUACAUCACCGGUUUUUUCUUCAAGCAGUGUAUUCCCCGGCAUGUCUCAGCCGGCCUUCCAAGGAGGCCCGUUGAUUGGUCUUCUCCCGCUACUGUUCCGCUUCUCCAGACUCCUAGGCCGAGUUUUUCGUCCUUACCAUGGCAGACCCUUCGCCCAGAACCACAGCAGCAUCUCAUGCCUUCCUCUUCAAUAUCGGCUUCACAGUUCUUCGGCCCUACCUUCACAGGGUCUCCGGGAGUGGUUCGCCCUCCGGAAUCUGCUAUUUUUGGCAGUCCCAUGGCCUCAUUGGUACAAUCUUUGUCUCCUAUCUCUAAUGUUAGUCAGAUUGUAACCAUUUAAUUAAAAGCUGUUGAGGAUUAUUUAACUUGGCGCACACAAUUUGAAUCAUUUUUGGUUUCCCAAGGAUUAUUUGGCAUGCUUGAUGGUUCUAUCCCUGUUCCCCCCAUGUAUACUGUUGAUCUCAAUAAUUGUCAGGUACCGAAUACUGAGUACUAUCAUUGGCUAAGGGUAGAUCAAACUAUCCGCUCUUGGUUGUUUGCUACUCUUACUCGUGAUGUCUUAGUUGACGUACAUGAUCUUAAACACUCUUUUGGUAUAUGGGAAAGGUUACAAACACGAUUCAUGUCUGCUAGUUUACCUCGUGCCAUGGAAUUGAAGCGCCAAUUGACUAAUCUUAAAAAGAGGGAAAAUCAGUCCAUGGACAGUUAUCUUAGGGACAUUAAAAAUUUGGUUGAUCCUCUCGCUGCGGUUCAGUCACCAGUUUCAGCCAAAGAAUUACUUGAAUCUAUUCUUCGUGGUUUGGGUCCCGAAUACGAAGCCUAUAUAGGUACCAUUAUGCUUUUUCCUGAUCAAUUCCCCUUUGAGAAAUUGCAACCUCGUUUAAUGGAGAUCGAACAACGGGUCUUAUUCAACCGUCAACAAGCAUCUCAAGUUCAUCAGGCCUUUGGAGCGGUUGAACAACAGCCCCCGCAGCAACAAUAUGCUCCACGCGGUCGCGGAGGUCGCGGAAGGGGAGGCCGCGGCCGAGGCAGAGGUCGCGGACGCCAGAAUUAUGGCCAGCAGUUUGGCCAGCACUAUCAGGUUCCACAACAUCAGGCCGGCCAGCUGUAACACUUCGGCCAGCAGUUCGGUCCAGCACUGCCGGUCCAGGGAGGUCAGCAGCCGUUUCGUCCGCCGAUCCAGCCCGGUUUACCUCCUGCUGCAUCUUCUUCGGGCACUUCAGUUUCUGCUAGUAUAUCUGUUUUGUCUGCUUUAAAUAGUAAUCCCUAUUUUAUUUAUGGUACUAACUCUAGCACUGCAGGCUUUCCAUCUUCUGAGGGUAUUCUUGGUUCUGUCCCACCGCCUGUUGUUUGUCAGAUAUGUUUCUCCACAGGUCAUUCUGUUAUGCAUUGUCCGUCCCGGUUCAGUCAAAACUCUACUCCUGCAUUGAUGACCUCCAAUAGCGAUGCUAAUGCUUCUUUAUGGUUCCCGGAUUCCGGUGCGUCUGCCCAUAUGACUCCAUCAGAAGGUAUUUUAGUCAAUAAAUUUCCUUAUACUGGAUCACAUUUUGUUAGUGUUGCUAAUGGUUCUCAAUUAUCUAUAGCUAAUAUUGGUGAUAUUCCAUUAUCUUCCUCUAGUCUCCCUCUGGUUUUAAAAUCUGUUUAUCAUGUGCCUCAAAUCAAAUUUAAUUUAUUAUCUAUACAGAAACUUUGUGCUGAUAACAACUGUAUUGUCAUUUUUGAUAAAAAUUCUUUUUUUGUUAAGGACAAAAUUUCGGGGGCGGUCCUUCUUCAAGCACCCAGUAAAGGCCAUCUUUAUCCUGUCAGCCUCAGUUAUCCAUCUUCACUUGCUCUCUCAUCCGUGUCCGUUCCAGGCGUCUUGUGGCAUCGUAGACUAGGCCAUUGUGGCGAUUCUAUUUUACAUUCUUUAAAUAAGCAAAAACACAUUAGUAGUAGCUCUAGUUUUUCUCAUGAUUGUAUUUCUUGCCGUUUAGGCAAAUCACAACGUUUACCUUUCUCAGAUGCUAGUCAUUCCUGUUUUGAACCACUUCAGCUUAUUCAUUCUGAUGUUUGGCAAUCGCCUGUUUUAUCUAAUUUGAGAUUUAAAUACUAUGUGUGCUUUAUAGAUGAUUUUUCUCGAUUUACUAGGUUGUAUCCGAUGCAUCGAAAAGAUGAAGUUUUUACUCACUUUAAGAAUUUUAAGGCUCUAGUUGAAAAUCUUUUUACUACUAGAAUUAAAAUUUUUCAAAGUGAUGGAGGGGGUGAAUUUGUUAAUUCUAAUAUGCAGCAAUUUUUUAAUACCCAUGGCAUUUAUUUUCGAAAGUCCUGUCCUGAUACUCCUCAACAAAAUGGGGUUGCUGAAAGAAAACAUAAACAUUUACUUGAAUUAACUAGGACUAUGCUUCUUGAAGCCUCUAUUCCUAGCACCUUUUGGGUUGAUGCUAUUCUCACUGCUGCAUAUAUUAUUAACCGAUUACCUACUCCUCUUCUUUUCGGGGUAUCACCAUACGCGAAACUUUUUCAUAAAGCCCCAGAUUACUCUUUUUUUCGUGUGUUUGGUUGCUCCUGCUUUCCGAACAUUUAUGCUACUUCCUCUAAUAAGCUCUCACCACGUUCUGUUCAUUGUGUUUUUAUUGGCUAUGCAUCUGGGUAUAAGGGAUAUCGUUGUCUUGAGCCUAAGUCCGGUCGGGUUUACAUUAGUGGUCAUGUUCGGUUUAUAGAAGACAAUUUUCCGUUUCCCACUCUUAGUAGUAUUCCUCUUGAGUCUGUUGGUUCUGAUGUGUCUGUACCUCCUUCAUCGGAUUUUUGUCUUCCCAAUACUGCUUCCCCAGCCAGUGUUUUGACCAUGCCUAGGACCACAUCUCAAAUACCUCCUCCACUCACUUCUCCGACCAACACCACACUUCCCAAUCAAGGUCCUGCUACUUCUUCGUCUACCCAUCUUCUGCCUAGCCGAAUGUCUACACCACCUUCACCAAAAACUCCUUCCACUCACGGCCACAACGAUUCCCCCUUAGCAGAAACCGAGUUUCAAGUUUCUAGCCCACCUGGUACAGCUGCCACCUCAUCUCCAUUAACCAUGGUUCUUACUAAUCAGUCUGCCAGCUCACCAGUCAGUUCCUCACCUUUGUCGACCAUACCUCCUGUCUCUCACCCGAACUGUCAUCCUAUGCAAACCAGGGCCAAAUCCGGAAUUUUUAAGCCUAAAACAAUUUUUAAUUUGCAAACAGUUGUUAAUCAGGCAGAUCCUACUUGUUUCUCUGAGGCACAUAAAAAUUUAAAAUGGCGUGAGGCAAUGGCUGAGGAAUUUAAUGCUCUUAUUACUAAUAAUACUUGGGAUUUGGUUCCGUUUGAUAGCACAAAAAAUGUGGUUGGUUCUAAGUGGAUUUAUAAGACUAAAUUUCACUCAGAUGGUUCCAUUGAGCGCCAUAAAGCGCGUUUAGUUGCUCAAGGCUUCAAUCAGCAGGCAGGUAUUGACUUUUCUGAGACAUUCAGUCCGGUCAUUAAACCCACCACCGUUCGUAUUGUUCUUACAUUAGCCGUUUCUUUUGGCUGGGUUAUGCGUAAACUAGAUGUCAAAAAUGCUUUUCUUCAUGGCCAGCUUACUGAAGAGGUAUAUAUGCGUGAGCCGCGGGGUUUUGUUCAUCCUCUCUACCCUGAUCAUGUGUGUCGGUUGCGUAAGGCCAUUUAUGGCUUUAAGCAAGCCCCGCGAGCUUGGUUUCAUAGAUUUAGCAGUUUUCUUCUUUCUCAUAAUUUUCUGUGUAGCUGAAGCUAGAGUUUGCUACCUGCACCUUUGCACGAGGUGAAGUGAUCUCAAGGAAGAUGUGAUAUGUGCUUCCUUUAUUGUCUUAAACUAUAAGCUAUGUUCAUGGAUAUUUUGUAAUGGAUACUUUGUUUGGGUCUGCGAGCCCAC